AUGCAGCCACCACUUGAAUUCCAACCUAACAUAUUGGCUGUCAACGACGGCCCUCUACAACAAGUCAAAUAUUUGCAUCAAUCACGCCCAACAGAGCCACUGGAAGCCUUACGACAACGCUACGAAGCUGAUGGGUACCUGUUCCUGAAGGGCGUGCUUCCAAGGGCCGAUGUCUUGAAAGCCCGCCAUGAGUAUUUCACCAUGAUGCAACAAACGGGCGUAUUGGAAGAAAACACCGAUCCGGUACAGGGUAUCUUCAACCAGCUCAAAUCACCCGCUGAAUUCCCAGGAAUCGGUGCCGGCGGAGCAGGGAAGAAUGGCAGGCCUGGGGGUGAAAACGCCGCGCAGUUUGUUGACCUCGCCAUCGAAGCUCACUAUCGCGAUUGGUAUGCGGAAGAGUUUUGUCGACAUCCAGCGCUGUUGGAAUUUAUCGCCCGGUUCACGGGCUGGGAUGCCGAUACGCUAGGUCUUCGAAGGUCAUUGCUGCGAAACAAUAUCCCAGGCACAAAGCCUAUUGGAGUCCACUAUGACCAGAUUUUCCUUCGCCACGGCGAGCCCACAAGCGUCACUGCGUGGGUUCCCAUCGGUGAUAUCAAAGUGUGUGGUGGUGGCUUGAUAUACCUAGAAGAUGGCGAUCCCGUAGGUGUCGCCUGCGAGGAAGAUUUCAAAAAGAAGGCGAAUGCAGCCGGGCUUAGCGAUGACGAGGCGAAGGAUGCUUUCAACAGUAAUAUGAUGGCAACUGGACUGCUGUCGGAGUAUCCUCUGGAAUUCGCCCGCGAGAACCAACGAUCAUGGUUAGUGGCUGAGUACGAGGCUGGUGAUGUUGUAUUACACAAACCACACACGGUAUGA